CAGAAAAGAUCUAGGGAUAUAUUAGAGGAUAAACCCUCCCAUCGUUUCUCUCCACAGAACAGAUUCCAUGUCCGGAAAUCCAGCACCCACGGCCACAGCCCCGGCGGCGUCGCUCGCCGAGGCGCCGGCGCCAACGCCCGUGCCUGUCGCCGCCGGCGAUCGCGGCCCGUCCGUUUCGCAGGCCAUGUCCAAAGUCAUGGAGAAGGGCAAGACAGCGUUCAUCCCGUACAUCACCGCCGGCGACCCCGACCUGGCGACGACGGCAGCGGCGCUGAGGCUCCUCGACGCGCUGGGCGCGGACGUCGUCGAGCUCGGCAUGCCGUUCUCGGAUGCCUCCACCGACGGGGCCGUCAUCAAGGCCUCGGCCGCGCGCGCGCUGGCCGCUGGCGCGACGGCUGACGCCAUCAUGGCGAUGCUGAAGGAGGUGACGCCGCAGCUUUCCUGCCCAGUGGUGAUCUUCUCCUACUUCAGCCCCAUUGCACAGCGAGGGACGGCGAGCUUCGCCGCCGCGGUCAAGGAAGCCGGCGUAAAAGGUCUUAUAGUACCUGAUCUUCCUUACGCCGAGAUAAGUGCUUUCAGGGAUGAAGCCAUCAAUAACGAUCUAGAGCUGGUGCUACUUACAACACCAUCUACACCGGCGGAGAGGAUGAAGGAGAUCACUGAAGCUUCAGGAGGCUUCAUUUACCUUGUAAGUGUCGACGGAGUUACAGGUGCCCGCGCAACCGUGAACCCACGCGUUGAGAGUCUUCUUAAGGAGAUUAAGCAGGUCACUGACAAGGCAGUGGCUGUUGGCUUUGGAAUUUCGACCCCUGACCAUGUUAAGCAGAUUGCAGAGUGGGGUGCAGAUGGAGUGAUCAUCGGCAGUGCAAUGGUGAAGCAGUUAGGUGAAGCUGCUUCUCCAGAAGAAGGGUUGCAAAGGUUGGAAGUCUAUGCCAGGAGCUUGAAGGAUGCACUGCCAUGAUAUAUGAAUGAGUGAACUCCAUUUUUACCCCCUUGGAUCACGUUGGUGGCUUAAUUACCCCAUUUAGUAGAUUUUCACAUUUAUAUCCAACUGAAGCAAACAUGUGCCACUAAUUCACUUUUCUUAAAAACAAAUCUACGUUCUGA